CAAUUUUCUCGAAUCACAAAUCUGUGAUAAAAGUUACAAAUGAGAUUGCAUAUCUGCUUCACGUAAUCUAUGGUCGAAUGUUUAUAAUCUGUGGCGCGCUACCGGCAUUUUAGUCAGUGUGUGCGAAAGUCGCGGAACGGACUUGCUUUAAAAUGGCGCGCGUAAACAUUCCCUCCUUUACCUUGAACGAUGGCACAAAGAUCCCAGCGCUGGGAUACGGCACUUGGCUGGGCAUGGACGCAAAGGAGGACGCGGGUCCCAGCAAACCUUUUUCGUUUGAAUUCAGCGCUGAAGGCAUGCCACAAAUGAUGGAAGCUCUAUCCUACGCCAUAGACAUCGGAUAUAGGCACAUAGACACAGCCCACCUCUAUAGAGUAGAACCAGAGGUCGGUAAAAUCAUAGACAAGAAAAUCAAAGAUGGUGUUGUGAAGAGAGAAGAUCUGUUUGUUACUACUAAGGUGUGGCACCACUUCCACCGCGAGGCUGACGUGGAGGUGUCAGUGCGAGGGUCGCUGCGGCGCCUCAACCUGGACUACGUGGACCUGGUACUCAUGCACUGGCCCAUGUCUAUCUCGCAAGAUGGAGUAGACGAAAAGAUCGACUACCUAGAAACCUGGCGUGGGUUCGAGUCCGUGCUGAGCAAAGGUCUCGCCAAGUCCAUUGGAGUGUCCAACUUCAAUGUAGAACAGAUGAAGAGACUCCUGGCCAACUGCAAGGUUCCACCUUCCACCAAUCAGGUUGAGAUAAACCUGAACCUGGGUCAGAAGGAGCUAGUAGACUACUGCCAGGCAAACAAUGUGGUGGUGGUGGCGUACUCCCCCUUCGGGACGAUGGUGCCGUCCCGCAGCGCCCCCAACUCGCCCGAACCGAAGCUCAACAACCCCACCAUGAUUGCUAUUGGCAAGAAGUACGGCAAGUCCGUCACUCAAGUCACUUUGAGAUACUUGUACCAACGCGGCAUAGUAAGUAUCCCGAAAACGGUGACCCCAUCCCGAGUCGUAGAGAACGCCUCCAUUUUUGACUUCGAGCUGGAUAAGGGAGACAUGGAGACUAUUGCCAAGUUCGACAAUGGAUUCCGAACCGUUCGCCCAUUCUUCUGGCAGGACUACCAGAAUUACCCAUUCGAGAAGAUUCCAGAUAAAAUGGAAAUUCCAGAGUCUUUGCGAAUCUGGAAGAAUGGAUUGAAUUUGGACAUUGAUUAGGUUUAUUUUUGUCAUUUUAAAGUUAAGUUUUUUGUAUUUUAAUGUACAAUAUAUACAGUGUAGUCCGUUUAGUACGUCUUCGCAUAUAGCAACCAACCGUUUUUAGCGACAAAAGUUUAGGCAUUCGUUUGGUUUUAGUAUAAACUUGCAUAAUUAUUUACUUGCAUAUUCGUUUAUUACGACUCCGCUUACAACGACCAUCCGCUUUUAACGACCGAAUUUCACACAUAAUUGUCCGGUUACAACGACAAACGUUGCCGUGUUUACAAAUAAUUCAUAGAAAAUGAAUGAAAUAAAGGAAUAGCUAUCUCAGCUAUCGCCCCGCGCGACGCCUCAUAUUGGAAGCUGAAGCUAUAAAAGCAGCAGAAGUGCUAAAUGUGUUUGUACACACAAAAUUUUAAGGUGACACGAUAAAAAGCCAUAUGUCUCGUUUAUAUAAUGCAGUUCGUACUUCCUACUAUACAAAUAAAAUCAGAAAACAAACAAAAAUUACAGACAUUUUGCAUUAAAUGUAAAGUUGUUAGAAUAGACUUAUACUUACAUAUAAGAAAGCGGUAUAUUAUGUAUGUAGGUACAUUACACAUCCUUACAUAAUUUUAAUAUUUAAUAAAUAAGUAUUUUGAUUAAAAUAAGUUUCUUUUUAUCUGCUCAUCACCUAAACGGGCAUUUAACUGUAAUAUCUGUUUUAUAAAAAACACACUUUUUUUCUGUUCGUUUAAUACGACUUCCGGUUAGUACGACGUAAUGUCACCGGUCCCUUGGCAGUCGUUAUAACCAGAUUCUACUGUAUAUUUUUUGUAAUAUUUUUGUUUUGUUUAGAUAUUGUUUUAUUGUGUUAUAUUUAAGUGAAACAGUUGUAUGUAAUUAUGUAUCAAAUUAAAUAAGAUUUUUCGUUA